CAAGGCAUGCUUCGGGGAUGGCAAUGAGCAACGCUUUAGUGCAAGAGCGAGGGCCGCGUUGAGCACAAUACCAGCCAGGAUCGAAAGGGAGAGGGAGGGAGCAAGCGCAGCCAAGGAGACGGCAGAAAAACUCAACACCCCCCCCCCUCCUCCAAAAUCUCCAUCCCUGCAAAGAGGGCCCGGGACGCAAGCAUGCACAAAAGCAUUCUUGGCUUUAGCUUUUAAGGAAGAAAACACAAAAGGCCCGCACGGCACGGCGAGAUCAUUUACUUCCAAUUGGAGGAGAAAGGCGUGAAGGCUCCAGUUUUCGCAAACUCGAAAACUCAUCCGCUGCAUGAAUGAUAGCGACAUCUGGGAGAAGGAGAAGAACGCACAAAUAGGAUGGCAGCCACCAUGAGGAUCACGUGUUUGCUGCUAUCGUUUAGUCUUUUAUGUCACAACGCGCACGCAGACGACGCAAGUGCAACUAUCGGAGUCACCGUAACGAAGGAUGCGCACACACAAGGGAUGACUGUUCCGCCCACCAAAGCGCCAACCAUUGCCAGCAUAACUACAAUUCAGGCUGUAGUCGAUCCCGUUACUCAAAAACUACACACUUUAGCGCCGACGAAGAGCGACAAAGUUAAGGUGACGCAGGCCCCGACGAUUCCACCGGUGGUCCCCUUACUUCCCGUCGCGACGACGGUCGCUCCCAAGGUCACGCCAGCCCCGACGCAAGCGCAAACAAAGGUUGCUACGGCCGCCUCCAGUGCGCCACCUACUGUCGGGAAAGCUACCCCUGCCUCGGUUAUAACGACAAAAGCCAGCCUGACGGUCGCGACGACGGGCGCCACGCAAGCCCCCGCACCGACCCAAAACGUCAUCACGGUCACGCCGACGGGUAAAGUGCCCACGGAUGGCACGACGGCGACGAUUCAGCUGACCUUGGGCACCACCGUCAUCCUCAAGACAACUCGAGGGGACGUCAUAACAGCCGGAACCACUGCGACCAGCCUCCAACAGACUUCAGGGACGACCAAAGCAGCUGUGACGGAGCAGACCACCACGGGGUCUCCCAUCCCGGCCUCAACUGCGACCUCCGCGGUCACAACCACAAGUGCGACCUCUGGCGCCACAUCCUUCAAAAGAACCACAGUGACCACAGCCACUGGAGCUUAUCCAAAGAAGUUUUCGUACUCGCUGAACAAUGGACAAGAGAAGGAGGAAGAAAAAGAUCUGGUGGAAGUGUGCAAGCGCCUCAUGGGCAACCUGAGGGAUGGAAACUGCACCUUGACAUGGCGCCACCAUAAAGGCAAACUCAUGUUCGACUGCGUGGAGAUCAACGGCAAAGUGAAAACAGCCCUGGCGACUCAGUAUUACGAGGAAAUAAUUAAGAAACCGACCGAUAACAAAACCCUGAUUGCCAUUUUGGCUUCGUGCGGCGCUCUGCUGAUUAUGAUCAUCAUCCUGGCCGUGUGUGCGUCCCACCACCGCAAGCCUUACAAUGAAAACCAGCAACACCUGACGGAGGAGCUGCACACGGUGGAGAACGGUUACCACGACAACCCCACACUGGAGGUGAUGGAGGUGCAGCCGGAAAUGCAGGAGAAGAUGAUGGCCCUCAACGGCGAGUUCAACAACGACGGCUGGAUCGUGCCCAUCGACAACAUGCUCAAAGAGGUCAUCCCCGAAGAGGAGGACACGCACCUGUAGGGAGCGCAAACCUGGCACGGAUUAAACACACGACCACCGAGAAACCGGGACUGCGGAGUGGCUAACCGUACUGAACAGAUUUGACGCCUGACUUCGACAUAUAACACGAGUGAAGUUACACAAUGUGCCUUUACAAAAUAUUCAAUGUAUUCUUUGUACACACACACCAGCUUUUAUAACCCAAAGCUCAGACACUGCAAGAUAUGAAUAAUUACAUCCAAGUUGGAUGCAUUAAAAAAAAUACAGUGGUGCCUUGAAAUACCUUUUGACAACACAUGUAGACAACAUAAGCAUGUUCAUCAUCAGCAAGGAAGGACAAAUAUCAGUGCUUCUUUGUGGAGUGAUGUGUUUAUAUGAAUAUGCUGCCCCCUAGUGGCCAGGGUAAGCUGCAUUGGCGUUUCCGUACAUUUCUAUGGAACAAAUUUAACUUGUAUCGCAAGGCACCAUUGUAUACAAUUUCACAGGCCAGCUAAAAGCUUCUUAUUGCCAAACGCUGUAAAUAUCUUAUUAGUGUUUUUGUUGAUGCUGGACUGUUCAUUUGUUCAAAUGUGCUCAAAUGAUUUCCUUCCCCAUUAAGCCGAUUAAUAUAGCGCAACUCCAGUAAUCUCCUUUUAUUGUUUAUUUAAUGUUUAGCAGAUAAUUGGUGUGUCCCUAAGAAUGUUUAUAAUUGCCAGUAUUGUAUUAAUAAUUGAAACUGUACAUAUACCACAAAGCAUUAUUUCAAAACGUUAUUUUUCAAACUCAGUUUCGAUUAUUAUCCAUCAUUUCUACUAACAACCCGGGCUAAACUUAAGUCUCCGACAUUGUCUCUCAGUCGAGAACAAUCAAUUGUGCUUACGUCCUUAUUUAGACUUUGGUACCAUCUUGUGAAAUCUUAGGGUGUUUCAGAAAGAACACAAAAUCAACGAUGAUCGUUGAAUAGCGAACUGGUAAUAUACAGGGGAUUUGUUAUUUUAGUGUGUUCCUUUUAUUUGUAUUUAUGUAUUGUCUGCUGAAAAAGGUGAACAGGUGUCUGACACACUGGAAGUUGUAAAUUGUUGUCACUAUUUUUGUGCAAAUAAAGAUUUCUUUUUCCACAAA